GGUCCGUUACAUUUGGUUUGCGCGCUCUUACCGCCUAGUUCAGUAAUACCCCAACUCGCGUUCUCAUACGGUAUCGAUCCAGCGACACCACUCAGCGAUAUGAGUAGCCACGAUGCCCCGGAGUUGCAGCCGUUGAUCCCAUCUACGCCACGACGCUUGUCGACUUCAGGCAGCUCAGAUACCAAGCAGCUCGUAACCAGAAUUGAUGAGCCGAAUGAAGAAGACUUUGGGACUGGGCUGACGUACCCAUCACGCUCAAUUGAAGACGAUGUGCUUCCAGAGACAUCGACACUCGGCCGCACGUUGACCUGGCAAAGCGCCUACAUUCUUGUCAUCUCAAGAGUGAUAGGCAGCGGCAUCUUUGCUACUCCGGGCGCAAUUCUUCGCUCAGUUGGGAGCCCCGGUCUGUCACUCUCGCUUUGGAUUGUUGGCGCAAUAAUUGCUGCAUGCGGGUUGAUGAUCUCCCUAGAGUUUGGCUCGAUGCUGCCACGGUCUGGGGGAGACAAAGUGUACCUAGAAUUCACGUAUCGUCGACCUCGAUUCCUAGCAUCGACCCUCAUCGCCAUCCAAGCCGUUCUUCUGGGAUUUACAGCGAGCAAUUGCAUCGUUUUUAGCGAAUAUCUGUUAUUUGCACUGGGUGGCGAUAACCCCAGUGAUCUCCUUCGAAAAGGUAUUGCAGUUGGACUCCUCACAUUCGUUACCCUGGUUCAUGGUUGUUUCCCACGCUUCGGUAUCAGGCUGCAAAAUGUUUUGGGUUGGAUCAAGGUUGCCCUGAUUGUCUUCAUGAUAUUCUCAGGUGUCUACGUUGUCUUGUUCCGAUCAACGGAAGAAUCUGCCCAGAAAACCACUGGAGUGCUUGGAUGGGGAGACAUGUGGGAAAACACCAACUGGAAUUGGGGUGUAAUUGCUACAUCCCUUUUCAAAGUCUUCUAUUCAUACGCGGGGCUUGACAAUGCCAAUUACGUCCUGAAUGAGGUCAAAGACCCAGUUCGGACCUUGCGAUCUGUGACGAUGGCGGCAUUGAUUACCGCGUGCGGACUUUACGCACUUAUCAAUGUAGCAUACUUUGUCGUUGUUCCCAUCGAUGAGAUAAAGCAGAGCGGCGAGCUGAUAGCGGCCCUAUUCUUUGAACGAAUCUUCGGUGAGAGAGUUGGCAAAAGGAUCCUUCCUCUGGCAGUUGCUUUGAGUGCAGGAGCGAAUGUUCUCGUCGUCGCAUUUUCUGCGGCGCGCACAAAACAAGAAAUUGCCAGACAAGGCUUUCUUCCGUUUUCGGACAUACUGUCAUCUACAAAGCCCUUCAACUCACCUCUAGGCGGGCUCUUUGUUCACUACAUUCCUUCAUUUCUGGUCAUUACGCUGCCUCCCUCUAGGGACGUUUAUUCAUUUAUCCUGGAAGUUGAAGGCUAUCCUGGUCAAAUUCUAGCGUUGGCCAUUGCAGUAGGGCUUUUGUGGCUUCGCAUCAAACGUCCCGACAUCAAACGCCCAUUCAAGGCAUUUGUUCCAGCUGUGAUCUUACGAAUCGGCCUGAGUAUAGCAUUACUUGCGGCCCCUUUUUUCCCGCCGGAUACAAAGCCACCAAACGGAUUGUUUUACGCCACAUAUGCAAUUAUUGGUGUGAGCAUUCUCACAGCCGGAGUAAUGUAUUGGUAUGUCUGGACAGUCGCUUUGCCGCGUUGGGGAGGUUAUAAGAUUGAGGAAACAGAAGAGAUUCUGAGUGAUGGAACAACAAUCACAAAACUCGUCCAUAUAGAUACUUAG